CCGGGUCUCCCAGCAUCAGACGCACAUGGCCGGCGUGUUGUGAGCGGAUUUCACGGUGUUGCAGCAUUUAUUGAACCCCCUCCGACUCUGUCACGCUGCCGUGGACUCACUGCGGGACGGGACAGACGGACACACACGGUCAAACACGAACCCGUCCUCAGAAAUUAAGAAAUAGUCCAUAAGAACCAGAUUUGUGGUGUGGACACCACUUAAAAAAAAGCUGACACGGCUCCGUGGGCUGCUGCUGCUGCAGCUGCUGUGACAAGACUCAAGGCUUUGAGGCGGGCGGAGCUGCACCAUGAGCUCCAAGGUGUGUAAGAACUGCGGCGGCUCGGACAUCGACGUCGACCAGGCCCGCGGAGAUGCCGUCUGCAUGUCCUGCGGCUCCGUCCUGGAGGACAACAUCAUCGUGUCCGAGGUGGAGUUCGUGGAGACGGGGGGCGGAGGGUCGCUGGCGGUCGGACAGUUCAUCUCAUCCGAAUCUGGAGGUAAAAUCCCCUCCUUUGGAGAUGCUCACCUGUCGGGGAUGGGGCGCGAGUCCAGAGCCCAGACGCUGCAGAGAGCGAAGCAGCACAUCAACACUCUGGGUCACCAGCUGCAGCUGAACAAGCAUUGUCUGGACACGGCCCUCAACUUCUACAAGAUGGCGCUCACCAAACACCUGACCCGCGGCCGCAAGUCGUCCCACGUCAUCGCCGCCUGCAUCUACUUGGUCUGCAGGACCGAGGGCACGCCUCACAUGCUCCUGGAUCUCAGCGACCUUCUGCAGGUCAACGUCUACGUCUUGGGCAGAACUUUUCUGGUACUGGCCAGAGAACUUUGCAUCAACGCUCCAGCUAUAGACCCGUGUCUUUACAUCCCCCGCUUCGCCCAGAUGCUGGAGUUCGGUGACAAGAACCACGACGUCGCCAUGACAGCGCUGCGACUGGUGCAGAGGAUGAAGAGGGACUGGAUGGAUGCGGGACGAAGGCCGUCAGGACUCUGCGGAGCAGCUCUUCUAGUCGCAGCUCGUUUCCACGAUUUUCGCCGCACUGUCAAAGAAAUCGUCAGCGUCGUGAAAGUGUGUGAAACAACGCUAAGAAAAAGACUGACGGAGUUCGAGGACACGCCCAGCGGUCAGCUGACCAUCGAGGAGUUCAUGAAGGUCGACCUGGACCAGGAGUGCGACCCGCCCUGUUUCACGGCCGGACUGAAGAAGAAAAAAGUCCAUCAGCUGGAGAUCGAGCUGAAGAAAAAGAUGGAAAGCUACGAAGAUGAGAUUCAAGGAUACCAGGAUGAAAUAGACGCAGAGCUGGAGAACAGUCGACCCAAACUGAGAGGAGUUUACGCCGCCUACACUAAAGAAGACCUGCUGAAUGACGACGUCCUCUCCACGUCGUCUAAACUGGCCGACGUUGAGGAACCAGAGGACGACGACGAUGAGCUCCAGGCCGUGGCCAAACACUUUGGCAAAGACCUGGAUGAGCUCACUCUGGAGGCUCUGAUAAAACUGGAGAAGACGAGAGCGGAGGAGGAGGAGGAGGAAGAGGAGGAGGGUGAGGAGGGUGAGGACCACGUCCCAAAGAGAAGAGGCCCUUCGCUGGCGUCCAUCUUGGGAACGAUGCCUUCAUCGUCCACGCUGGGCCUCCCCGAGUCCAUCAACAACUGCGUCGGAGAGAACGAGAAGGAGAACGACGGAGCCGCUGACACUGGGGAGCUGGACCUGAGUGGGAUCGAUGACAAUGAGAUAGAGCUGUAUCUGCUCAAUGACAAAGAAGUUAAAAUCAAGACGGCGCUUUGGAUGGCAGAGAACUCGGACUACCUCAAAGAGCAGAAAGAAAAAGAGGCGAAGAUAGAGAAGGAGAAGGAGCUCGGCAUCUACAAAGAAAAGAAGUCUCGAGGCCCCGCGAGGAAGCGUCCUCCGAUCAACGCCAGCACGGCCGACGAGGCCAUCGAGAAGAUGCUGGAGCAGAAGAAGAUCUCGUCCAAGAUCAACUACGACGUCCUGAAGGACCUGAACGUGAAGCCCGGCGACAGCCCGGCGCGACACCUCGAGUCCCCGAGGAAGGAGCCGUCGGCCGCUAAGCUAACGGGACGUAACAGGAAACCGGCCCGAGCUCCGCUGAGCCUCAGCACGCCGCUCAGCACGCUGGGAAAGAGGUUGCAGCCGUUCAUCACAGGACAACCCAACAAGAAGGUGGCUGUGGAGCAGGUCGCCAGCGCCAACCCCCUGCCGGUGCCCGUGGGCCCCCCCUCCGCCAGUGGAGCGGUGGCGGUGGUGGUGGAGAGCGGCCCGGUGGUCUACGACGAUCCGGCCGCCGACGAGGAGGAGGACGAGGAGGAAGAGGCUUGUGUCAGCGCCAUGGAGCUGAUGGGCGCCAACGAUUACGGCUGUGAUGGAGAAUACGACGAUGGAUUCUAGCGGCGCCCCCUAGAGGCUGUUAUACCCCGACUGGUACAGACAAUUCUGAAUCUCCCUCCACGUGCAUCAGAUGUUUACUAGCGGGAGGAGGAAGCACCGAGUGGCUGCAGCUCCAGGUUUGGACGAGUAAAUAAGAAGCUGGAGGAACCUCAGUGCUGGGUAUGAAUUUAUCAAAUACUCCAGUAAACACUGGUUGGAGCCCGUAUCAGUUAUUUUUAAGAUUAUUAUUUGUCGUAAACUGACCAUGUUUGGGUUCAACCUGGUGGCAUCUUUCCUGCCUCCCAGAGAGUUUCCUUCACGCGUGGACGCUGUGAACGUUGUGAAUGUGACGCUAACGGUAAUAAUAGAAAUAGUGACUCGUUGCACCCCUGCUUACUUCUGGUAACUCCACAACAUAAUGUACAUGUCAGUGUUUUAAAAGUGCUGCUUUACAGUGAAGAACACUCCCUGGAAGGAAAAGAUAAAUCAUGAUGCAUAAGACUUCACAAGCUAAUGAACAUCAGAUAUCAGUUUAUUCUCAGGUACCACGAAGAAACACCUGCAAAAAAAAAAAAAAAAAAACUAUCCAUUGUUGACGUGCUGCAGAAAUGAGCUUUGUGACUUUUAUUUUAUUUUUAUUUUUUUGAGGAAUGUUUACAGAUGCUGAACAAAACCUGUAAUCCUUGAAUUUGCACUUUGCAUUCGUGACACUUAACUAAUGUUUCACUGCUGACUCUCAACAAAACAAGCGUCGGACACUAAAACCCAAAGUACUACGACGAUGUUGCCUUUGAACAACUGAAGCAAUCAUGAGUUUUAAUUUUUCACCUAGUUGGUAGAAGGAAAAGGCUUUUAUUUGACUAUUAAUUAAUUUGGUUUUGGGAGCGUUUAUUUUUAUUGGAGUGGAAUUAAUUUAUGUUGCGUUGUAUCUGAUUUAUGUAUCUGUAAAUACAUUUUCCUCCACGUUAUAUUUUCCAAAUGACUGAAGGAGCUUAAAGAGAACAGGUCUGUUUUAUUUUACCUUUUUUGAAAUGAUGAUGAUACUAAAGUGGGAGCGGGGUUGGUUUGGUUGGUUGGUGGUGAUGGAGGUUGUGGCCUUUUCUCUGUUUCCACAUACAACAGUAUUUAAUGAGGUUCACCCUCGACUGCUGCUAUAAGUCACCAUGUUACGUCUGGAUGAUGUUUUGUGCCUUUGCUGCUACAGUAAAGAUUUCACUUAAUGAACAAAGAAA